CGCCCGAGCGGGACGGCAGCGCCAGCCCCGCAGGCUCCGGUCCGCCCGCUGGAAUCGCGCUCUUCUGCCCGCCUGCCAGCAUGAAAGCCUUCAGCCCCGUGCGGUCCGUCAGGAAAACCGGCCUCUCGGAGCACAACCUGGGUAUCUCCCGCAGCAAGACCCCCGUGGAUGACCCCAUGAGUCUGCUGUACAACAUGAACGACUGUUACUCCAAGCUGAAGGAGCUGGUCCCCAGCAUCCCGCAAAACAAGAAGGUGAGCAAGAUGGAAAUUCUGCAGCACGUCAUCGACUACAUCCUGGACCUGCAGAUCGCCUUGGACUCCCACCCCAACAUCGUCAGCCUCCACCACCAGAGACCCGGGCAGAACCCUUCCUCCAGAACUCCUCUGACCACCCUCAACACAGACAUCAGCAUUCUCUCGCUACAGGCAUCCGAGUUCCCCUCAGAGCUCAUGUCAGGCGACAGCAAAGCACUUUGUGGCUGAACAGAGCGGUGUUCCACUGAUGAGUUGUGUUCUGGUUUGUUGGUGGUUGUUUUUUUUCUUUUUUUUUUUUUUUGCACAAGAAAACGUCUACAGGAUUUUUUUUUUUUGAGGUGCUGAAUUUAUUUUUCAGCUGUAUCUGGAGGAGAAGAUCCACGUUCGACUAAAAGGACCUUUUAAAAUUAAUACAUAAGAAAAAAAAUCAAGAUUGAUCUUUAUCCCCACCCCAUUUUUCAACUUGGACUGAACCUAGUUAUUUAUGAAGAGACUCUUAAAUACCCUUUCCCUAGUUGGAAGGCUUCCUUUAUAUACUAUUCCCAACGUGGGGAGCGAAACAAAAAUCUCACAAGGAGUUGCCCAUUUUAAAGCAGACUUUGCCUUUUUUUCCAAAGGUGGAGCGUGAGUACCAGAAGGAUCCAGUUUUCAGUUUUUUAGGAAAGUCUGUGGUCAGAAAUUACCUUUCUGACACAAACCUAGGACUGAAUGCUGUGUAUAUAUUUAUAUAUAAAUAUAUAUAUAUGAGUGAAAUCUUGUGAACUCUUUAAUUAGAGUUUUCUUGUAUAGUGGCAGAAAUAUACAUUUCUGCAAAAAGUGUAAUGAUGUACUUAAUCAUGCUAAACUUUUUAUAAAAGUUUAGUUGUAAUCUUAACCCUUUUUAUACAAAAUAAAUCAAGUGUGUUUAUUGAACUGAUUGCUUGCUUUAUUCUUUGGGGACCAACUGUUUGCUGGCUUUGAUUUGUGUUGUGUUUUUGUUGUUUGUUUUUUUUAAUACUUACACAUUCUGUUAUGACUUUUAUUAAGUACAAAUUAAAAUAUGUAGAGAAUACAAAGAAUAAAAUUACGUGAAGUGAAUAA